CUCCACCCACCCACACCCCCUCCAGCUUCCACCUCCACAUCCACUCUCUUUCUUUCUCCUCGCGGGGACGCAGGCAGGCAGCAGGUCGGUGAUGUGGAGGAGGAGGAGGGGGGGAACAGAGACGCAGCUGCGGAUAUCCGUCUCGUACCUGCCACAAAAAAACGGGGUCUUUUGGCGUCUUCCCUUGUGGUAUUUAUUUAUUUAUUUAUUUAUUUAUUGUCCCCCACGCUUGCUGACGGUUCGGUGAGAAGCCUACAAAGAUAGUCUGGUUUUGUAACCAGUGCAGCGCGGAGGGAAAACAACCAAACAAACACAAUUGAAAAUACUUUUUUAUUUUUAUUUUUUUUAAACCAAGGAGGCGGAUUUAAAGCAGAGCAGCGGCACCUGGGAUUUUUUUUUUUUUUUUAACCGUUACAUUUCAAAUUAGCGUAGCCGCGCGCGUGCCGUGGUAGCACACGGAGAGAUUUUUUUUUUAUGCCUGAUUAAAAAAAAAAAAAAAAAGAAGAAGAAGAAAAGACCCCUUUUUUUUUUAGUCCUACGAUAGACCUCGUCCUCGUUACCAGAAGAAAGAAAAACAAAGGGUUGGAUGCGUUUUCCCCAAGCCUCGACACCAUGAGCACAAUCUCACCAACGGACUUUGACAGCUUGGAGAUCCAGCAGCAGUACAACGACAUCAACAACCGCUGGGACCUGGCAGCGGAGACCGACUGGGACAAUGAGAACAGUUCAGCACGGCUCUUUGAACGCUCUCGCAUUAAAGCUCUUGCAGAUGAGCGUGAAGCGGUGCAGAAGAAGACUUUUACCAAAUGGGUGAACUCUCACUUAGGCCGAGUGACCUGCCGUAUUGGUGAUUUAUACACAGACCUCAGAGAUGGCCGUAUGUUAAUCCGCCUUCUCGAAGUGCUCUCAGGGGAACAGCUGCCAAAACCCACUAAGGGCCGCAUGCGUAUCCACUGCCUUGAGAAUGUCGACAAAGCCCUGCAGUUUCUAAAGGAGCAAAAGGUCCAUCUAGAAAAUAUGGGCUCACAUGACAUUGUGGAUGGGAAUCACCGUCUCACCUUGGGUCUCAUAUGGACCAUCAUCCUUCGUUUCCAGAUCCAGGACAUCAGCGUAGAGACAGAAGAUAACAAGGAGAAAAAAUCAGCCAAAGAUGCCCUGCUGCUUUGGUGCCAAAUGAAAACUGCUGGAUACCCUAAUGUCAACAUUCAUAACUUCACCACCAGCUGGAGAGAUGGCCUGGCGUUCAAUGCCAUCGUACACAAACACAGGUCUGAUCUGAUUGAGUUUGACAGCCUGAAGAGGUCCAACGCUCACUACAAUCUCCAAAAUGCCUUCAAUGUGGCUGAGAAGGAACUGGGACUCACCAAGCUGCUGGACCCCGAGGAUGUAAAUGUUGAUCAACCUGAUGAAAAGUCCAUCAUCACUUAUGUGGCGACCUACUAUCAUUACUUCUCCAAGAUGAAAGCCCUGGCAGUGGAGGGCAAACGAAUUGGCAAGGUGCUCGACUAUGCUAUUGAGGCAGACCAGCUGAUAGAGAAGUACGAAACACUGGCGUCCGAGCUGUUGCAGUGGAUUGAGCAGACCAUAGUGACGCUCAACGAUCGACAGCUGGCCAACUCCCUGAACGGUGUGCAGAACCAGCUUCAGGCUUUCAACUCCUACAGGACCGUGGAGAAACCCCCGAAAUUUACAGAGAAAGGGAACUUGGAAGUGCUUCUUUUUACUAUUCAAAGCAAGAUGAGAGCGAAUAAUCAGAAAGUUUACAUGCCGAGAGAGGGCAAACUCAUCUCUGAUAUCAAUAAGGCGUGGGAACGACUGGAAAAGGCUGAGCACGAGCGUGAACUGGCUCUGAGAAACGAGCUGAUUCGCCAGGAGAAACUUGAGAUGCUGGCUGCCCGUUUUGAUCGGAAAGCAGCCAUGAGGGAGACUUGGCUGAGCGAGAACCAGAGGCUGGUGUCCCAGGAUAACUUUGGAACUGACUUGGGGGCUGUGGAAGCUGCCACCCGAAAACAUGAAGCAAUUGAGACGGACAUAGGAGCAUACUGGGAGCGCGUUGCUGCUGUGGAAGCUGUUGCCAAAGAGCUGGAAGCCGAGAGAUACCACGAUGUGCGCCGCGUACUUGCACGGAGGGAUAACGUGCUCCGGCUCUGGGAAUACCUGAAGGAGCUUCUGGCUGCUCGCAGAGAGCGACUGAACGCUCAUCGAGACCUGCAAAGGCUAUUUCAGGAGAUGCGCUACAUUAUGGACUGGAUGGCUGAUGAGAAGGGCCGACUGCAGUCUCAGGACAGUGGUAAACAUUUGCACGAUGUUUUAGACCUGCUGCAAAAACAUACUCUGGUGGAGGCUGACAUUUCAGCUCAGGCAGAGAGGAUAAAGGCGGUGCAGGGAGCCGCACAGCGCUUCACCUCCCAUGAACAAGCUUACAAGCCUUGUGAACCUGGGCUGGUUAGUGAGAAGGUCGACCUGCUGGGUCAGUCUUAUGAAGAACUUAUUCAGCUUGCCGGCAGCCGCAGAGAGCGUCUGGAGGACUCCCGCCGUCUGUGGCAGUUUCUGUGGGAUGUUGGUGAGGAGGCAGCCUGGAUCAGAGAGCAGGAGCAGAUCCUGGCUAGUGGAGACUGUGGCCGCGACCUCACUUCCGCUCUUCACCUACUCAGUAAACACGAAGCUUUCAGGGAUGAAAUGGCAGCUCGCUACGGCCCCCUGAGUAACAGUAUUGCUGCCGGAGAAGCUUUGAUUAAAGAGGGACACUUUGGAGCCUCAGAAGUCACUGAGAGGAUCCAAGACAUCCGUGCACAGUGGGCUCGUCUAGAAGAGACAACUAAACUCAGGGAGCAGAGCCUGAAGGAGUCGGUGGCUCUCCACCAGUUUCAAACAGAUGCUAGUGACAUGGAGGCGUGGAUUAUGGAGACCCUUAGGCAGGUGUCCAGUCAAGAGGUUGGCCACGAUGAGUUUUCCACCCAAACACUCGCUCGCAAGCAGAGGGAGAUUGAAGAGGAGAUCCAAAGCCACCACCCCCUCAUCGACUCACUGCACGAGCAGGUCCAAGCGCUGCCACAGGCCUACUUACAGGAUCCGCAAGUGGAUGGUCGUCUGCCUGCGAUUGAGCAAUGCUAUGAAGAACUGGAGUCUCUGUCAGCAGCUCGGCGCCAGGCUCUGGAGGGGGCUCUGGCCCUUUAUCGCAUGUUCAGUGAAGCUGAUGCCUGCCAGCUCUGGGUGGAAGAAAAAGAGCAGUGGUUAGACAGCAUGGAGAUUCCUACCAAAUUGGAGGACCUGGAGGUGGUACAGCAGAGAUUUGACACACUGGAACCUGAGAUGAACAACGUAGGCGUUCGGGUAAAUGAUGUGAACCAGGUGGCUGAGCAGCUGCUGAAUUCAGAAAAUUGCAACAAAGACCAAAUCCACCAGACAAAAGAUAAGCUGAACAACAGAUGGAAAGAGUUCGAGCAACUGGCUGGUCAAAAGAAACAAGCUCUGGAGUCUGCUCUCAACAUCCAGAACUACCACCUCGAGUGUAACGAGAUUCAGACCUGGAUGAAAGAAAAGACAAAAGUGAUUGAAUCCACUCAGGGCUUGGGGAAUGAUCUUGCUGGAGUGAUGGCUCUGCAACGCAAGCUCACUGGGAUGGAGAGAGAUCUCGAAGCUAUUCAGGGUAAAUUGGAUGACUUGAGGGAAGAGGCAGAAAAGUUGGCCAACGAGCACCCGGAGCAGGCUGGAGAAAUACAAGGACGCUUGUCUGAGAUCCAGGAGGUGUGGGAGGAGUUGAAUGACACCAUGAAACGACGAGAGGAGUCACUGGGAGAAGCCAGCAAACUUCAAGGUUUCCUCAGGGAUCUGGACGACUUCCAGUCCUGGCUGUCUCGCACUCAGACAGCGGUGGCCUCAGAAGACAUUCCCACAUCUCUGCCCGAGGCUGAGAGUCUGCUCGCUCAACACGAGAGCAUCAAGAAUGAAAUCGACAACUACAAGGAGGACUACGAGAAAAUGCGAGCUGUUGGUGAGGAGGUGACCCAAGGUCAGACCGACGCCCAGCACAUGUUCUUGGCUCAGAGGCUUCAGGCUUUGGACACUGGCUGGCAUGAGCUACGUCAGAUGUGGGAGAACCGCCAGAACCUUUUGGCCCAGGCCUUUGAUUUCCAGACCUUCCUGAGAGAUGCAAAACAAGCAGAGGCUUUCCUCAACAGCCAGGAGUACGUGCUUUCCCACACAGAGAUGCCCACCAGCCUGCAGGCUGCAGAGGAGGCCAUUAAGAAGCAUGAAGAUUUCCUCACGACCACAGAGGCCAGCGAGGAGAAGAUAACUGGUGUUGUGGAGGCUGGAAGGCGCCUCAUUAAUGACUCCAAUGCAAAUGCCGAUAAGAUUGAAGAAAAAGUUGAUUCAGUCCAGGACAGGCAUCAUAAAAAUAAGGAGGCUGCUAACGAACUGCUGACCAAGCUGAAGGACAACUGUGAACUUCAGCACUUCCUUCAAGAUGGACAAGAGCUCACUUUGUGGAUCAAUGAGAAGAUGCUGACAGCACAGGACAUGACUUAUGAUGAAGCUCGCAAUCUUCACAGCAAGUGGCAGAAACACCAGGCGUUUAUGGCAGAGCUGGCCUCCAACAAAGACUGGCUGGACAAGAUCGAUAAGGAGGGUCAAGCACUCGUGGCAGAGAAGCCCGAGUUGAAACCUGUAGUUCAGCAGACCUUGGAAGAUCUACAGGGUCAGUGGGAGGAGCUGGAGGGCAGGACCCGCUCCAAGGACCAGUGUUUAUUCGAGGCUCACAGGGCAGAAAUCUUCACACAGAGCUGCUCCGCUCUGGAUGACUGGCUGAAAAACAUCGAGAGUCAGCUGCACAGUGAUGACUAUGGAAAAGAUCUGACCAGUGUUAACAUCCUCCUCAAAAAGCACCAGAUGCUGGAGCAUCAGAUGGAGGUCAGAGAAAAGGAGGUGCAGUCCUUACAAACUCAGGCUGUUGCUCUGUCCCAGGAGGAUGCUGGGCGGGCUGAGAUAGACGGUCAGCAAAAACAUGUCAUUGACAACUUCUCCAGCCUACAGGAUCCUCUCGGCCUGAGAAGACAGAAACUUCUGGCCUCCAAAGAAGCACAUCAGUUCAACCGAGACCUGGAGGAUGAAAUUCUUUGGGUGAAGGAGAGGAUGCCCCUCGCAACUUCCACAGACCAUGGCAAAGAUCUGCCCACUGUGCAGCUCCUAAUCAAGAAGAACCAGACUUUGCAGAAAGAGAUCCAGGGCCACCAGCCUCGCAUCGAUGACAUCCACAGACGAGGCGAGGACCAGAGCCAGGUAGACGGUGAAAGGCAGUCUCUUCUGACAGAGCGCCUUGUUGAGCUGAAGGACCUCUGGGACGAGCUGAUCGCUGAGACGGACAAGCGCCGCGCUCGUCUGGUCGAGGCACAUUUCGCUCAGCAGUUCUAUGCCGACGCAGCUGAAGCAGAGGCCUGGAUGGGAGAGCAAGAGCUACACAUGAUGUCAGAAGAAAAAGCGAAGGAUGAACAAGGUGCUCUCGUGAUGGUCAAAAAGCACCAAAUCCUGGAACAGGCGCUUGAAGAUUAUGCCCAGACUAUUCACCAGCUGGCCAACAGCAGCCGCCUCAUGGUCAACAGUGAACACCCAGAGAGUGAAAGAAUCACCUUGAGACAGGCGCAAGUCGACAAGCUGUAUGCAGGUCUGAAAGACCUUGCAGAGGAGCGUCGUGGGCGGCUUCAGGAGAGGCUGCGGCUGACCCAGCUGAAGCGGGAGGUGGAUGACCUGGAACAAUGGAUUGCUGAGAGGGAGGUGGUUGCUGGCUCCCAUGAACUAGGACAAGACUAUGAACAUGUCACAAUGUUGAGGGACAAGUUCCGUGAGUUUGCUCGUGACACCAGCACGAUCGGACAAGAGCGUGUAGACGGAGUAAACGCGUUGGCAGAUGACCUUAUUGAGUCAGGGCACCCUGAGAAUGCCAGUGUAGCCGAGUGGAAGGACGGUUUGAACGAGGCCUGGGCCGACCUCUUGGAGCUAAUCGACACACGCACACAAAUGUUGGCAGCUUCCUAUGAGCUGCAUAGAUUCCAUCAAGAUGCCAUGGAGGUGCUUGGACGUAUUAAGGAGAAAAAGGAAGCUCUGCCUUCAGACCUCGGUCGUGACCUGAACACUGUCCAGCACCUACACAGACAGCACACCAAUUCAGAGAAUGACAUUCAGGCGCUCAGUGGACAGGUGAACCAAGUGCAGGAUGAUGCUGCGCGGCUGCAGAAGGCCUAUGCUGGUGAAAAGGCCGAGGAAAUUCAGAGGAGCGAACAUGCUGUGACGUCCGCCUGGGAGGGCCUGCUGGAGGCCUGCAAGACCCGCAGGCUCGUCCUGCUGGACACUGUGGAGAAAUUCCGCUUCUUCAACAUGGUGCGGGACCUCAUGCUCUGGAUGGAUGGAGUUAACCUGCAGAUAGAUGCACACGACAGCCCCAGGGAUGUAUCAUCUGCUGGGUUAGUCAUUGCCAAUCAUCAAGACAUCAAAUCAGAGAUUGAGACCAGAGCGGACAGCUUCACUGCCUGCACUGACCUGGGAAAAGCUCUCAUCAACAAUAAUCACUACGCUGCUGAUGAGAUCCGAGAGAAAAUGGCUCAGCUCCAAGAACAGAGAGACCAGAUCAACAAGAAGUGGCAAGACAAGAUGGAUCAUUUACAAAUUGUCCUGGAAGUGCUGCAGUUUGGACGCGAUGCCUCUGUGGCAGAGUCCUGGCUGUCUGGGCAGGAACCUCUCGUGCGAGCAGCAGAGCUGGGCACUAAUGUAGAUGAAGUUGAGAGCCUAAUCAAGCGCCAUGAAGCAUUUGAAAAACUUGCUGCAGCUUGGGAGGAACGCUUUGUGCUCCUGGAGAAGCUUACUACACUCGAGGAGCAGGAGAUUCAAAGGAGGCGAGAGGAGGAAGAGAGAGCACGGCGGCCUCCUACCCCUCCACCAGCAGAAGAAGUGGCACAAACUGAGACAGAAAGUCAAGCGCAUGAUUCUGCAGCCAGAACAAGUCUGGAUCAGACCACACUGAACCAGUCGGUCUCGGUAAACGGAGUACACAGCGAUAACGACACAUCUCAGCAGUCAUUAACGAUGUCGUUGUCAAUGGGAAAGAAAUCAGAGCCUAAACGUGUGUAUAAGCCAAAACAGCCGGAGCGUGGCUCGGAGUCUGAGUCGGUUAAUGGACCAGGUAGAGAUAGCGGGCUGGCGUCUUCUCGCCUUGAGCCGUCUACGUUACCAAGCAGAGGUGGUGCUGAAUCCGAUCCAAAUGCCAUGGAGGGCAUACUCUCUCGAAAGCAGGAGAUGGAGUCCCACAACAAAAAGGCAGCUACCAGAUCCUGGCAUAAUGUUUACUGUGUCCUUAGAAAAGGAAACCUCGGUUUCUAUAAGGACAACAAGAGUGCUAGCAGCGGUGCUACAUACCAUGGAGAGGUGCCCAUCAGCUUGGAAGAGGCUGCUUGUGAAAUAGCUCAUGACUAUAAGAAGAAGAAACAUGUAUUUAAGCUCAGGCUAAGAGACGGGAAGGAGUAUCUGUUCCAAGCUAAGGAUGAGGCGGAAAUGAGCUCCUGGAUUCAGUCCAUCCUGAGCUCCAUUCCAGCAACAGGGUCUGCGGACUCCCCUGUCGGUCCCCGGCCCCUCAGCCGUGCCAUGACGAUGCCCCCCAUCUCCCCGAGCUCAGGCGACGUCGUCACCAUGCGCAACAAGGACGGGAAGGAGAAGGAUCGUGAGAAGAGAUUCAGCUUCUUUGGCAAGAAGAAGUAGAAGACUUGAUGAAAAUCAGUGGGAGUGAAUACUUCAACAAACUGAGGCAGGUAGAAAGGAAGGUCAUCCGAACACACGGCCCUGAGCACAGCCUCCGAGGGAUUUCUGCAGUUAUGUCACAGAAAAUCUUUUUCUUCCUCCUCGACUUUUCUCUCACAAGUUUUAUUUACUUUAUGUUCGCCCAGUUCGUGACUCACAUUCACCCAGCAACGAAAGUCCUCAUCCAGGUCCAGUUCUAGACCACCAAAACGGGUCCUCCUCAGUGGGAGGACUGAUGUCGCUGAAUCUGGACUAACGGAGCCUCCGGUAACUCUCUGGAUGGAGCUUUCUGUGCUACGGUUUCAGUUUUUAUGUUCCUGGUACUGAUGGUAUUAACCCGAUCAAUGUUAUUGAUAAUAUUAAUAUUCUAUUUAUCUUUUGCAAUUGCUGGUUUGAGAAAGCAACGCAAUUAGUUGAUCAUUUUGAUUUAUGUUGUGGAGAAAAACUAAUUUGGUUCAAGUAGAGAAUGAGAAGCUUGCCCCUUUUUUUUGUUUGUUUGUUUAGGAAACAAAAGUUUGAGGCGUUUUUUUUUUUCCCCAACAAAAAUAAAGCGAGUUUUAGCGGUGUGCUGUAAGUGAUCACAAGUUCCAUCUGGAAAAUAUUUAUAUUUAAUGUUUUUUUUUCUCAAAUUUUGCCUGUAUUUGAUUUUUUUUGUGCG